AUGGCCAGUUUGGUCGUGAGUAGUGCGGUGCAUGAGCCAAACGUGGAGGAGAUCUCUGUGAUCACCUCCGGGACGUCUGAGAAGAUCUGGUAUGUCCUUCCACAGACAUGGUCCUUGGUCCUGAGUGCCUUGUACUGUCAGCAUGUGGCGAUCCCGGUCUACAAGCAAAUGAACAACUUCAACGGCCGCCGCAUCAACAAGGUGCUGUUGCGGUCGUGUACCUCCCUUUCCUUACUCUAUGCCUUGGUGGCGACCUGUGGAGUGAUGGCCCAUGGAGCAAAGACUCCCGAGAACAUCUUGUUGGCCUAUCCCAGCAGCCACCAAGCCGCAUGGCUUGCGCAGCUUUUGACUGGUUGCUCUUUAUUGAUCGCCCUGCCGCUGGGCGUGCAGCCCGCGCGGGACCAACUUCCUGAGGUCCUCUACUCGAUCCGAUCCCUCACAGGCGCUCUCCACUCCUUGGGUCUCCGGCUCCUCUUCGGCCAGCGACCUCAGCGCACGCCCAGCGUCUCGGAGCUGGAGUUCCCCGUGGAGAACGUGAGGCCACCGACCGGGCCACUGCGAGUGCUUCACACCGCGGUGAUCAUGUCUGUGGCAGCUUCUUUGGCAUUGAUCUUCCCCAACGUCACCUCGAUUGUUGGCAUUGCCACGGGAUUCGGCUCGGUACUUUGGACCUUCAUCAUGCCCAUGGUCAUGAUCCUCAUCCUCAGGCACCGGGCGGCGCAUGGGAAGAUCGACGGGGCGCCCCUGCACAUCCCGGGUCUGGGCAGCUCCAAGCGGGAGAGGCUCUUGAACUCCCCCUUGGCCUCGCCGACGUGGUCCCCACGCAACUCGCAGCGCAGCUCGCCCACGCUCUCUCCGGCGCCCAGCGCCACAUCGCUCACGGAGGUCCCAAACCUGGUGCUGGAGGCCCAGGAGGACAUUUGCAUGCAGAUCGAAGAGCCUGACAGUGGCUGGACCAGCACCGUGCUGCACAGCUCCACGCGCGCCGAGACGGGCGGCACCGGUGGUCCACCCGGGCUCCACGGACCGAGCCCUGUGAGAGAUCACUACCCGUGGUCCUUCCAAUUCAGUAUGGGCAUCUUGAGCUUGUCCAUUGGAUCGAUCUUGGGCCUCACCUCCGCCUACCAGUCCUUAGUGAAGGUCCUAUGA